AUGCUCUGUUUCUGUCAGGACAGUAGUGAGGCAGCAGAUGGAGCUGGUGUCUGGGAUGAAGAAGUCACCAAGUGGUGGGGAGAGUGGAGCUCCUGGUCCACCUGCUCCCGCUCCUGCGGAGGGGGUGUGAUGUCCCGGGAGAGGCACUGCUUGCGACAGAGGCUCCAGAUGCCCCAGGGAACGAACAGCACCAUGUGUGUUGGUCAAGCCAAGCGCUACCAACUGUGCCAGCAGCAGCCCUGCCCAGCCAACACAGCCAGCUUCAAACAGCAGCAGUGCUCCAGUUUCAAUGCCAAAGCCUUUGGGAAGCGCUAUUACCACUGGAUGCCCCUCUAUCCAGAUGACUACACCAGUAUCUCCAACAAGCCGUGUGACCUCCAGUGCACCACCCGGAGUGGAGAGAGGCAGCUGAUGGCCCGAGCACAGGAUGGCACCUCCUGCAAGGACAGGACCUAUCAAGGCGUCUGCAUCAAUGGGAAGUGUGAGCCAGUUGGGUGCGAUGGGAGCCUGUACUCGCCCCGGACGAUGGACAGAUGCAGGGUGUGUGGAGGGGACGGCAGCACUUGCCACCGUGUCUCGGGCACCUUCCGAAAGGCAAUCUCACAGAUAGGUUAUGUGUUCAUCACCAACAUCCCUGCUGGUGCCACAGACAUCCUCAUCAUUGAGCGCAGGAAAACAGAAAACAUCCUGGCACUUGCGGAUGAAUCCGGGCAUUUCUUCUUCAACGGCAACUCGGCCAUUGACAACCCUCAGAACUUCAGGGUGGCUGGCACCAUCUUCAAGUACCGGCGGCCCUCCAGCCUGACCUCGGAUGGGCUGGAGUAUAUCAUAGCUCACGGGCCCACUAACCAGUCUCUGAAUGCCAUGUACUAUAACUUUAAUGGGAAAAUGCCUCACAUAACUUACGACUACACUGUCCCACGGACACCGCCUCUCCGAACUGCAGCCCCUGCUCUUGCCAGGCCUCUCUAUCACCCCCUACCAGAGACCAGCCAGAGCCAUCCCAUUCCAGCCAACUCCAGAGCUGCCCAGGACUUCAAUGCCACGUGGCUCUCCCUGUCACCAGAUGACACCAGCGUACAGCUUCCUCUAAGGGAAGGGCAAGAAGAUUUAGACUUUGGUCCCCCGCACUUCUUCCAGACCAACUCUACCAGUCAGACCCGGGAUUGGGGCUGGGAACAAAGUGAAGAGAAGGAGAAGUACAACUUUCAGAUCAGACAGGUCUACCAUGCAAACACAGCAGGAGAGGAAGAGGAGGAGGAAGCAGCAGCAGUUGGUGGAGAAACAGAGUUGGCUCUCAGGUUCAAUCAAAUCUCCAUCAGCACGGCUGUGCCCUACAGCAUGAGGAGACCCGAGCUGGAGAACAGCCGUGUGACAUCCUCCAGGCUCCGGCUCUUCAGGCGCCUCUGUCACCGAGACCCUCACAACGCCGCCUUCUGCAGGGAGCUGCAGCCCCUGGCACCCAGGAACUCCACGGCCAGGCUCUGGCCCCGCUGGCCACAGGACCUCCACAAAGCUCUGGCUCGCAAGAACUCCCUGGAGGACUUGAAGGUGGAGGCGUUUGCUGGGAGUCAGGGGGAAGCAGCCAACUACAGCAUGAUGGCAUCUGUGGAGAGCCCUGUGCUCGGGGCCAGCCCGACAGACGUCAGCCAGGCAGAGCCUCUGCGAGGCCCUGGCACUGAAAGCAAUGAGUUCGAUGUGAGCCCUGUGGGCCAUGACGACAUCAGCUUGGCUGACAUGUAUCGGUGGAAAGUCUCAGCUUAUGCUCCCUGCAGCUCCACCUGCACUUCAGCAGGUAUCAGCACCUCCUAUGCCAUGUGUGUGCGCUAUGAUGGAGUGGAAGUGGAUGAAUCCUACUGUGAUGCCCUGACACGACCAGAACCUACUCACGAGUUUUGCACAGGGAGAGACUGCCAGCCUAGGUGGGAGACCAGCCGGUGGAGCGAGUGCUCCCGCACCUGCGGCGAGGGCUUCCAGUACCGCACCGUGCGCUGCUGGAAGAUGCUGGCGCCGGGCUUCGACAGCUCUGUCUACGAUGACCUCUGCGAGGCAGUGGGGCUGGCCAGGCCCAUGGAGAGGAAAGCCUGCAAGAACAAGGCCUGUGGGCCGCAGUGGGAGCUCUCCGAGUGGUCUGAGUGCUCGGCGCGGUGUGGCACGCCGGGGACCAUGAAGCGGGAGGUGCGCUGCUCCGUGGAAGCUCCCCUGUGCGACGAGUCCCUCAAGCCCAGCAGCGAGAAGGCGUGCACGGGCCCACCCUGCGACCGCCGCUGGACAGCCUCCGAGUGGGGCCCCUGCUCAGGUUCGUGUGGCGAGGGGCGCAUGAGCCGCUUCAUCGCGUGUCGCAACCUGGAGGGCAAGGUGAUCUCCAGCUCACAGUGUGACCCGGCCACCAAGCCCCUGGCUGUCCACCCGUGUGGAGACAAGAACUGCCCUGCACACUGGGUGGAGCAGGAGUGGGAGCAGUGUGACGCCAGCUGUGGGCGUGGGAUGAAGACCCGGCUGGUGCUGUGCGUGGGCCUGGAGAAUGGGCUGUACAGGGAGUACCCUGAGAAACGCUGCGAGACCUCUCCAAAACCUGAGGAACAAGCUGCCUGUUUCAGGAGGCCCUGUUCAACGUGGUUCACCACCUCCUGGUCCCAGUGCAGCAAGACGUGUGGUGCUGGCGUGCGACUGCGGGAGGUGAAGUGCUACCAGGGGGAAGCGCUGGCUCAGGGCUGUGACCCCUCUGCCAAACCAGAGGCCAGGCAGACGUGCCAACUCCAGCCAUGCCCCACAGAGGCACCAGGUACAUCUGGGAGGGCAGGGAGGUGGAGGAGCCCUUGGCUUUGUCCGAGAUGUCCAUGCUGGGGAAGCACAUCUCCUUUGUAA